AUGGCAGCCGCAGACGGGAAUCGAGAUUUAUUAUCUGCCGCUGUAAGUGGGAUUUUAGCCUCACUUGCUUCAACAUCAAGCAGUCAAACAACUUCGCUAUCUUCGUCACCAAACAAUGUGACUAACAACGAAGAAUUGGGACCCAAUAGAUCAUCUCCAGCACUGUCCACUACUCAAGCGCUUGCUCAUCUAUUCCCACAAUGUGGCCCAAGGCAAAGUUACCGCAGCGAGACUGCACAACCUUACGAGUCGGAAAGUGCUUUUCGAAGUGUUGCUAGUCGGCCCAAAAGGAAAAGGAAGAUCAAGCAGGAGAAAGAUUAUAGUUUUGCGAAGGAUAUAGUCUUGAAAGACGUUUUUUUACUUCCUUCUCCUGAAUAUAAAAAAGUACCACGUGGAAAAGCGCGCGAAAUGUUGUAUGCCGAAGGAUUUGUCACCUCUGCUGUUGAGAUCCACGGCAACUGGAGUGAAAAUGAUGCAGUGAAAGCUUUGGAAGAGCAAUUUAAAGAGAAGUUGAUGGAUAUUCCACCUCCUCAGUAAGGGAAAAUUCUUAUGAAGAAGUCACAACUGCUCGCGCACACAUUUAAAACAAUAAAAUCAAUAAUGCACCUAUCAAUGUUAACCCCCAUAGGGGGGGGGGGUCUGGCAUAUGUGGGUAUUUGAUCAUCAAUUGCAUCCCCACCCUGGGGAUUUUUAUCAGCAUUUUGGCCCCGAGUUGGGGCAAUUUGAACCGAAUGACUUUUAUUAAUAUAGUAUUUAUUGCAAUUUAUGCAUGAGUCAAUUCCUGGAGUAACCAUCCCCCACCCCGGGACACGCCCAGGAAUUUGCCCGAUAGACAGUUCACAUGGGUUGGGAAUUUGCCUUUCAUAUAUGUGCACAGGGGCCGGGUAUUGGAGGACCCCGGGGAUUUGACAAAUGGUUGACCAAAAUCCAACCCACAAAUUUCAGGCACGCACGUGGGGGCGUGAAAUUUAUUGUAAGAAUAAGCGAAAAUUAUACCCUGUGCCAUGCAAAUUUAAAUACAACUAUUAAAGGUUUAUGUUUUAUAAUAUUCCAUUGCAGUUUAAUACUAUAAUGUUAUUAAAUGACUAUGAUUAUAUGCCAUUAAAAGUUUAAUUAACUUUUACAGUUGAUUUCACGAAACUUUGACCACAAAUUUUCCGAACUUCGUUGCGAAGUUCACAAGAUUGUUGCGAAGUUCACAAGAUUGUUGCGAAGUUCAAAAGUUCAUAAAUAUGAGAUUCACAAACCAGAUCGUAAACUACACAUUUGAUUGGCUUCUGUUACUUCACGGACCAAUAGGGACUUUGUUUACAAAUUGGCUUGUGAAUUCCAAUAUGAGCUUCCAAAUUUCGCAACGAAAUUCGGAACAUUUGUGGUCAAAGUUUCGUGAAAUCGACUGUAAAAUCGUCCCCGGGGUGGGGCAUUUUCCACUCUCAGAUUUCCCAGGGGCCGUGCAUUAGUCUUCAAGUUGUGUCCCGGCACCCAUUUACACUAUCAUAACCAAUCUAAUCAAAUGCCCGGGUGUGUUCCGGGGGGGGGGGUUGUGGUUACUCCUGGAAUUGACUCAUGCAUUAUUGCAAAAUGGUGGGGCAUUUGACCAAUAUUUAUUGCCCAACGGUGGACAUUUGAUUGAAAAUUUGCUCAAAAAAUCAAAUGCCCCCACUUAUGCCCAACCCUCCCCCCUCUGGGGCUUAACAUUGAUAGGUGCAUAACAAAACCAAUACAUGUAAUUUAUCACAAAUAUCACGUAAACAGAAUUCAACCGCAUGCUAUGAACUGUCUUUGGUUCUAAACUUUGGCUUGUUUACACAGAGUUAGAAUAUUGCCCUAGUAAGCAGAUUAAUACCCUUUUUUGUUGUGGUUGUGUGUCAUGUUUUAUACAUGCACGCUAGGGUUGUAUAUAUACGCUAACCCUUUCGGUUGGAUUACGGAUUACCCUAGGUAACCCAGGUAGGUUUAUGCUAUAGUCGAUGACCUGUAUGUGAGUUUGUAUGCAUUUCAUUUAGAACAGAUAAUCUCAACUGUGUUAGUGCAAGUUGACCAUGACGGUCAACAUGGUAACGCUGCCUGAAUCCCAAUCCGGGACGAAACAUCUGAAACCGACCACACCCAAAAACGACGCUCUCGCCAUAGUGCUAUCUACCAAACCAUAAAAGCUUUUGGCUAUUCUGAGGUGCUGAUAUGGUUCAGAGAUGGUGGUUUUAAGGGUGGUCCUUGGUAAGUGUGAAAUGCCUAGCACUGAUAUUUCACAAGAAAAUGACCAUGCAAUACUCAUAGUCAAACGUCAAUUUGUGGCUUACAACUUCAAAUAAAGAGCAGUGGAUCUACAUUAAUUACCUUUUUUCCUAAAUCUUUUUGAUAGAAACAUAAUUGGUACUUAUUUAAUUAUAUUAUCACUGUUUUGGUAUAAAAUAGUUAAUAUUUUGUGACCGAAUUAAUAAUUUGAAUUUUGAAAUGUACAUACCUCCUGCAAAUGGGCGUAUUUGGCCAAAUAGGCCUUUCCAAGGUAUCUACCGCCAUAUUGCAGGGGGUGCAAAAAAAUUGGGGUGAGCGCGCGGCCACCAAUGGCGGCCAUACUAUUUCCUAUUGAGUGAGUGAAAAUUACCUUUUGACAUUUUGUCCUUUUUCUCAAAAAAUGUCUAUACAAGCAUAUCCAAAUUUUGUUUUUAGAUAAUCGCUGGGUUCCUUCUGAUAUGUAGCCGAGAUUUCUUGCUAAUCGAAGGACAGGAAGUAAUUAAAAACGGCAGCUUUUGUUGCACACCUUGACCGACGUUUGAGCGAUGAUUCUUGUUAUUUCGUUUGUUUAACCGAUCUUUGGAAGAAUAGUUGUCCAUUAAGUGUGUAAGUCCUUUGGUGUCCGCCAUUAUUACUGUUUAUAUUUGUAUAUUUGUACAAAAAUCAUCGCUCAAACGUCGGUCAAGUUGUACAACAAAAGCCGCCGUUUUUUAUUACUUCCUGUCCUUUGAUUAGCAAAAAAUCUCGGCCACAUAUCAGAAAAAAACAGGCGAUUAUCUAAAAAUAAAAAUUGGAUAUGCUUGUAUAUAAAUUUUUUGAGAAAAAGGACAAAAUGUCAAAAGAUAAUUUUCACUCACUCAAUAGGAAAUAGUAUGGGCGCCAUUGGUGGCCGCGCGCUCGUCCCAAUGUUUUUGCACCCCCUGCAAUAUGGCGGUAGACACCUUGGAAAGGCCUAUUCUCCACUUUACUCCGCUGUUUAUGGCCGAUCUCGUUGAAAUCCUUCCAAGUAUGCAAUUCAGCUCAAACAUAAUGGUAUCAAGCACAUUUUACCUGUAAACAAGUUGAAACUGGGUUUCAAGUAGAUCCUAGCUGUUUAAACCAUCGACAAGGGAAAACCCCAACUCUGUCCAAAUUUGGCGCCAUUUUGUCAUCCCAUGUCGGUUGUAAACAAAUCGGCCUUGUUAUUCUUCCAUCCAAGCCAUUUCCACCAACUAAUACAAAUUUAACCAUUUGUUAAAGGUGCCUUACAGUCCGUAUGUAAACAAAGCCUUGUUUACAUUUUUAUGUCCAAAAUAUUGAGCUUUAUCCGACAACUAUUUAUAUUUCCAAGCUUCUAGAGUAUAAUAAAUGAUCAAGAAACAACAAUCGGGCUUUUCCAGAACCCAAAACAUAGUUAAACUGUUUGUAUCAUAAAAAGUGGGCUCCUUUGUGCACAUGCGCAGAUCGGACUGUAGAGCACCUUUAAGGGUAUUAAAAUAAAAAUACAAAUGAAAUAUGCGAAAUGCAGCAUUUUAUCACCCUGUAAAAUGUUGCUUAAGAGUCCUUUAAAACAUUUCGAACACAUCUUGUGUGGUUUAGUAACAGGGGGUGGAGCCUUAAAAAAUGAAAGCAAAGCCCAACACAGUAUCACAGAAUAUAAGAAUGUACCUUCUUAUUCUUGUGGCAGUAUGGUAAAAUUAACAUUUAAUUUGUAUGACUUGUUCAUAUUAUUAAAUAAUAAUAUGUAUUUAUUUGUUGCUACAAGAAAUAAAACAAACGUUUGUAUGAUUGUAUUUAGUUUUUAGUCUAUUUCACACAGUCUUCUUCUAUCUUCGUGAAAACAUUUACCCCCUCCUGUCACGACCCUGUCACUUUGUCACACGAGAUUUGUACGAAAUGUUUUGAAGGACUCGUAAGCAACAUUUGACAGAGUGAUAAAAUGCUGCAUUUCGCAUAUUUCAUUUGUAUUUUUAUUUUAAUACCCUUAAAAAGUGGUUAAAUUUGUAUUAGUUGAUGGAAAUAGCUUGAAUGGAAGAAUACCAAGGCCGAAUUGUUUACAACCGACAUGGGAUGACAAAAUGGCGCCGAAUUUGGACAAAGUUUGGAUUUUCCCUUGUCGAUGGUUAAACAGCUAAGACCUACUUGAAACCCAGUUGAAACUUGUUUAAAAUGUGCUUGAUACCAUUAUGUUUUGAGCUGAAUUGCAUACUUGGAAGGAUUUCAAAGAGAUCGGCCAUAAACAGCGGAGUAAAAUGGAGAAUUUGCCCAAAUACGUCCAUUUCCAGGAGGUAUGUACAUUUCAAAUUAUUAUUUCGGUCACAAAAUAUUAACUAUUUUACACCAAACCAGUGAUAAUAUAAUUAAAUAAGUAACAAUUAUGUUUCUAUCAAAAAGAUUUAGGGAAAAAGGUAAUGUAGAUCCACUGCUGUUUAUUUGAAGUUGUAAGCCUCAAAUUGAUGUUUGACUAUUAGUAUUGCAUGGUCAUUUUCUUGUGAAAUAUUAGUGCUAGACAUUUCACACUUACCAAGGACCACCCCUAAAACCACCAUCUCUGAACCAUAUAAGCACCUCAGAAUAGCCAAAGCUUUUAUGGUUUGGUAGAUAGCACUAUGGCAAAAGCGUCGUUUUUGGGUGUGGUCAGUUUCGGACAUUUUGUCCCGGAUUGGGGUUUGGGCAGUGUUACCAUGUUGACUGUCAUGGUCAACUUGCCCUAAAACAGUUAUUAUCUGUCCUAAUGAAAUGCAUACAAACACAUACAGGUCCUAAACUACUACAAAGCAUGUCAUAUUUUAUUUGACACUUGCACAAACUAAUACACAAAGUAAAAAACCUCACCACUGAACUUCAGCAGGCAAAAAUAUACCUGUCACUUUUUAGGAAGAGUUAUUGGGUCAUUCCAGAAAAGAUCCAUACCCCCUCCCCCCCCCACUGAGGAAAUCAAAAUACCUCCAUUUGGACAUCCUUGAAUGGUUCAUCCUCCCCCUAUCCGGAUGUCAAAGCCCAAAACUACCCCCUCCCCUUCGGACAUCAACUAUUUCUAAAUUUUUCUAAAGGCUACCUCGCCGUCUGAAAACGGCACCGAAAACUAGACUAAGGCUACAGUAUGUUCACACUACGCGCGGAGCGAACUAAUGCGGGCAGAAUUUACGUGUGUUCAUAUUAAGCCAUUACAGUUUGUUUACAAAUUAAAUUAGCACUUAUGUAAACCCAAAAUAUUUCAAAUAGAGCCGAGAAAUUUAACUAAAAAGCCUUCAAGUUUUCAUGUUCAUGUUGACACGAAGCUAUCAAGCACUCGGUUUUCACCUCGCUCCGUUUAGAAACCCUGCUCAAAUUGUUACGGCAAAAGUUACGUGAAAGUUUUCAAACGAUUUCGCUAGUAAUUUCGCUAGUGUGAAAGCGAUGGCUUAGUGUGACUUUUCUACGCUGUUUUCAAAUAGCUCCGGCGUGGCGGAACACUUGGCGGCUUCUUGUGAACACAAACACGUGGCAGGUUUUGUCGGAUAAUUUGCAGAAAUUCACUUCGAAAUUCGAUCAAGUAAAAAUCGGACUGAAAUUCGAUGUAACUUGCGACUGAUUGACAAGCGUUGCUGUGUUAACUUACAUGUUAAUGCAUUUUUUACUAUUACUUCAUUCCUUAACCUCGCCCUAAAUAUGACAGCCAUUUCUAUUUUCUUGACACGCACCUCGCAAAGGAAGUUUUUAUUGACUAUAUACUAAUUAACAAUUAUAGACAACGAAGCCGAGUUGUAUAUGAGUGAAUAGUCAAUGAGGCGAAGCCGAGUUGACUAUUUGCUCAGAGCAGGCCCGGAGCUAUGGCGGGUGAUGUGUGUCAAAAUUCAAUAACACAUUUGGCAAUGAUAACGUAACAUUUUGCUACAAUAAUAACACAUUUGGCAACGAUAAAGUAACCUUUUGCAGUUAGUUUUGCUACAAUUUUGUGAUCGUUUUAAUAUUUGCCAACAAUCGUACAGUUGGCAAGUACAAUCCCGUGAUGCAAUUGGGCACUAGCUCCAAAUGGCGGAAAACGGUACAUAAAUGGCGCGUAAUUAUUUUCACACAAAAUGGCGAUCAAGAUAUCGAAGAAAACGGAGUACGAACUGCUCUUAUAACGCGAUUGGAAAUGUUAUUGACUGAUGUAACGGAAUGCCUUUCAACAGAGCUUGAUGAUGUUAUUGAUCGUAUUCGCGAUUUUUCUGAAGACCUUUAUCGAUGCCUAGCAAAUCUGACAGCACGAAAUCCCGAAAUUUACAGCGAAUAUUGCUACAUCAGGCCAGACUUCUCGUAGAUGUCAUACAACGUCCUAUUUUGAAUAAUGAAAAUUAUGGACCGGAAACAUUGGGAAUCAUCCUAAGGUCAAUGCCAAGUACACCAACAUUUGAAAUGUUGAGAGACCAGCUGCAGUAUUUGCAGAUGUAUUUUGUGGUGAAUUGGCCACACCAUCCAGUAGCUGUACAAUUAUGUAUCUAGCCUGUAGUAGAGAUGACUGAAUAUCAUCUGACGCCGAAGCUCUCUCAUUUUCCGCCAUGUUUACUUAAAAAAGCGCAUGUAAUCCAAUAUCGCGAAAAUAAUUACGCCCCAUUUUGCACCGUUUUCGCCCCAUUUGGAGCUAGUGCCCAAUUGCAUCACGGGAUUGUACUUGCCAAAUGUACGAUUGUUGGCAAAUAUUAAUACGAUACGUUUACUAGUAUGUUCUUGCAAAAUAAUACUUUGUCAUUGAAUGUUUUGUUAUUGUUAAUAAAUGUCUUGUAACUGCCACAAAAUUGUAGCAAAAGGUUACUUUAUCGUUGCCAAAUGUGUUAUUAUUGUACCAAAAUGUUACGUUAUCAUAGCCAAAUGUGUUAUUGAAUUUUGACACACAUCACCCGCCAUACGGAGCUACGGGGGUGGGGGGAGGAGUGUGACACCCCCCAGAAAUUGUAUUCAGUCGGCAGGACUGCUAUUCAGUCGGUAGGACUGCUACUUGGAUUAAAUAUUUUCGCGCAAAGGGCAAGAUGGGGGCUGGAAUUUUAGAAAAAAUUUUUUGGAUAAAUGGAAAAAAUUUGUGAUGUCUGGAAAAAUUUUUGAUGUUCCUAAAAAUUUUGGUAUGUCUGGAAAAUUUUUUGGACCCCUAAAAUGGUACACUGACCGAAUUUUUUUUUUGGCGACCAAAAAUAAUUUGUUCCAGAAAAAAACUUUUCGGCACUGGUCGGUUGAAAUGACCUUACACCCCCCGUGGAGAAUUCCCUGAGGACGGCCCUGGCUCAGAGACAACGAGGCUAAAUCGUCCAAUUGUUUCAGUAUAAACCACAUAAAGAAAACAUAAUUUUUCACUUGAUUUUAAACCUUCAUGAAGAUAUUGGUCAUUCACAAGAAAUUUUAUCACAAUCAGAGUUGUUUGUUGUUAGAUUUGAAUUUGUUCGUGCAGUGGGAAACAGUAUUGUUAAACCACAAAUACAAAGUGGUCAAGGGUGGACCGGGAAAGUGAUCAAACAUCAAACUGGUCAAGGACCAUUGUAUAUAAGGGCAACAAGAGAUAUUGCUGUGGUAUGUAUUAUUUUCAUAAUUAAAAUAACAAAACACGUUUAACGUCAGCUAAAAUCACAUAUACAUUUAUUAUGUAAAUGUGAAAAUGGCAAAUUUCCCAAGUUUUCAUGAUGUUUUGGUUGUGUAUUUUUUUUCUGUAACAGACAGAGUUAUUAUAUUUUAUCUUCCUACGAAAAGGGAAGUUUCACAAUUGGCAUUCUUUACUUAUAAGAAUUUGAUUGUAUAUUUUUUAUCAUCCUUAGUUAAUUCAUGCCAUUUAGAACUGAUUUGCCACCGUGAAAAGUAAAAUUGCCCUAUACAUUUUAAAAAUAUAUAAGAGGAUCUCGAAAUGACUUUCUUUUGAAUCAGUUUCUUAUAAGAUGCAUGUGAAAUAUUGUCAGUAGAUGUAAAGGUUUUCGCUAAAUAUAUAUAGUCUUGCUGUUAUUAUAUCUUCAGGAAAUUGACUCAGAAGAUGAAUCUUCCAAUAACGAGAGAGAUUUAAAAUCAUACUUUAUUGUCAAGGUAAUGAUUGCUAUUAAUAUAUGUAUCUAUUAACUUAUUGAGUUCCAACACUUUCCCUUGAUGAAAAACCUUUUGGUGUUGGACGGAGUAAAAUAACAAAGCUAAGUGAGGAGCUAGAGCACGUUCUGCUUAAUAUUCUUUAAUAAGUUAAAAUGAGCUGACCAUUAUGAAUAUGUAUUUAAACAUUGUAGGAUUCGCCCGAUUCACCAUCAAAUGAUGAAAAUUUAACUCAACCUAAUACCAGUACAAACAUGAUUAACACCGAAAAAGUCACGAUUGUUGAAACUUUAAAAUCAAUGUUUCCUGGCCAAGAUGAAGAAAAGUAUACUGAAGUGGCUAAUAGUUCGUCUACAUUGAAUGAGGCAGUUGAUAACAUGAUUGAUUUCACAAGUGAAGGUAUUUUGUAGAUUUUUACAGUGACAACGUACAUAGGACGUUGUAUCAAAAUACCUGUCACUACAUGAAUUGGAAAAUUAUAAUUAAAAGUAAUAGACGUGCGUAACGUACAGUAUAACGGUACAGAUCGUUUGUGUAAAUGCAGCUUUAACCAGGGUGUCCACGGGCCUUGAAAAUCCUUAACGAUUCUUGAAUUAGAAAAAAAAUUCCAGGACUAUAAAGUCCUUGAAAGUAAGUAGAAGUCCUUGAAUUAAUUUCCUUAACCUCCAGCUGUGACAACAUUAGUGAUUUUGAUUAAAAUUACUGAAUAAUUAAAAUUAUUGAAUUUCAACUUCACCAGAGGGUAUAGACACCCUGUUUAAUUAAUCAAGAACGUCAAAAAAUUUAGUUAAUCACUAGCAAAGCGUAUUUUACGGUACAUGUAUAUAAUGAAUCGUUGUUUUAAAUGUAUUUAACUAUUUAUUUCCUGAAGGGUUUGAAUACGGGUUCUUCCAUGUAUUUAUUUCCUGUUAACGUACGCGCAUAUGCAUGGGAUUGAAAACAAUACACUAACUAUAGCCAUGGCAUGCAUGUACACGUGCAGUAUUGCCGUAAACGUUGGCUUUUGGUAUUGUCAGGUCGGUUAAUAUCGUCUUAUUUGCAAUUGUUUGUCUCUAAUGGUACAUGGGCUUUUUGGUGAAAUCGUUUAGUGUACCAAUAGGUGUAAGGGAAAUCAGAUUCUCUUUGCAUGACGAUAAACAUUUUUUUCGCAGGUUUCUUCUCAUCUGAUCCAACAUAUGCACCUGAUGUGGAAAGCAAUGACACCGAUGGUCUGGCUAACUGCAUUAUUCCAACCACAUUGGGAGAGGUUCUUGCGGCACUAGAACCUUCCAAGGAUGGUCGUAAUCGUAUAAGCAUUUCACGAGAGACCGUUCUCGAAGACAGCAUUGCAAUAUUUAAAAAUCCCGGUUUCGACAUGAGCAAGCCAUGUAAGAUAGUUUUCGAGGAUGAACCUGCCAUAGAUGGCGGUGGCCCUAAGCGAGAAUACUUUACAUUACUUCUGGUUUCGCUGUUAUCCCCAAACAUUUCUGUCAGACUAUUUGAAGGACAGAGUGGCAGAAUUCUACCUAUUCAUAAUGCAGAUGCAUUACGUGCUCAUUUGUUUAAGGUUGCUGGGAAAAUAGUAGCGAGUUCCAUUGUUAAUGGUUGUCCUGGGUUUCCUUAUUUUUCCCCCGCUGCAUACACAUACUUAGUCACUAAUUCUAUCGAAGAAGUGCUGGAAGUUGUUUCGGUGGAUGAUGUACCCGAUAUUCAAAUUUUGGAAAUCAUUAAUCAGGUUUGAACCUCUUUAUCAAGGUUAAAAUUUAUUUACUCUUGCUAAGAACAGGUUAGGUUUUGAAUUUGUAAUUGGAAUACACGCCAAUCACGAUAUAGCUAUCGCCAAUCACGAUAUAGCUAUCGCCAAUCAUGAUAUAGCUAUCGAUAUAGCUAUCGCUAUUCUUAGAAGUUGAACUAAUGUACAUUAGUAGUAUUAAUAUUAAUAUUUUAGAGUUUUUAUAAUAAUACCGAACAGAACUAAUAAGUUAAAUUUUAAAGUUUAUAUGAUAGUUUGUUAGAAUCAGUAUUGUAAAAAUGAUCGUAAUUCAGCUUUCGGGGCUGCAAUGAUCUAUUUUAAUAAAAUAUCUAUCUAUCUAAAAUAUCUAUCUAUCUGGAUGCAUUAUAGUUAUCGUAAUUGCAAUUUAUACUCUUAAUAAAAGCUUUCGUAGCUCAGUGCCAGUGGUAAUAGAAUUUUAAAAAUGUCCAUGACAUUUGCAAAUUGAAUUGCUAAAGCAAGUGGAUACACGCGUACGUUGCUCCACUUUGUUUUGUAUGAAUGCUGAAUUAAUAUUGUUGUAAGAUUUUUUAUUUUAGAUUGACAAUUUCCCUGAUACAAAUGCGGAGUUGGAUACAAAUGUUACAAAUUGUCUGAUCGAUUCUGGGUUCACGAAGGCAUUAACGGUCGAAAGUAAAGGCGAAGCAAUUAUGUCCAUUUUACUUAACUGUGACAUCUUGAGUCAAAAAGCAGAAUUGGAUCAAUUUGCCGAUGGGUUGGGACCACUUCUGAAUAAAAUUCGCAGUUAUCCAGAUAUUUGCAAAUCGUUACUCGUCCAAAGCGACGAGUUUACGAGAGUGACAGCAGAAAAACUCAAAUCACUUCUUAUGUUUCAAGACGUUAAUGACCAUCUGAAGAAACACCUAAUGGAUUACAUGGAAAUGAAAGGCAAGUUGGAUCGUAUAUAA